GUAGGGCUAGUUCGUGUGGCUUCCUGAUCCGUUUGGUUGCAUCGAUCCAUGGGGAUAGUGCGGGUCGCGGAGGACGUGGAGGCCGGGGUGGUGGGCGCCGGCGGGGGCAGGGGCGGGGGCGGGGGCGAGGUGACGGCGCCGCUUCUCCGGCACAGCCGCAAGGAGGAUGUGGGGGCAGUGCCGGCGGAGUCCAAGAUCCGGGUGGAGGCGGCGGAGGAGUGCGGGGGAGGGGCGCGGGAGGACGGAGGCUCGCUGCGGAUGGUCCUCCUCUCCACCGCCGUCGCCGUCUGCGGCUCCUUCGAGUUCGGCACCUGCGUCGGCUAUUCAGCGCCCACUCAAUCAGAAAUAGUGGAUGAAGUUGGACUAUCCAUCUCUGAGUUUGCAAUUUUUGGAUCUAUAUUGACAAUUGGAGCAAUGAUUGGUGCUGUUACUAGCGGGCACUUAGCAGAUUUUCUUGGGCGUAAAAUGACCUUGUGGAUAUCAGCCCCUAUUUGCAUAUUUGGUUGGCUUUCUAUACAUUUGGCUAAGAGUGCUAUCAUGCUCUACUUCGGGAGAAUCUUGCUGGGCUUCAGUACUGGAGCUCUCUCUUUUGCGGUGCCUGUGUUCAUUGCUGAAAUAGCACCAAAGAAUCUCAGAGGUGGUCUUGCAACUUCAAACCAGUUGUUGAUCUGUUCUGGGAGUUCAGCUACCUACAUAAUAGGGGCGCUGGUUGCAUGGCGCAAUUUGGUACUUGUAGGUUUAGUCCCUUGUGUUCUCCUGCUAGCUGGUCUCUUCUUCAUUCCAGAGUCGCCGAGAUGGCUGGCCAGUGUUGGAAGGGAGAAGGAAUUUCACACCGCAUUGCAAAAGCUGCGGGGAGAGAAUGCUGACAUAUCUGAAGAGGCGGUUGAGAUUAAAGAAUAUAUUGAAUCACUCCAUAGCUUCCCAAAAGCCAGGCUUCAAGACUUGUUUCUGAGCAAAAAUAUAUAUGCAGUCGUUGUGGGUGUUGGCUUGAUGACUUUUCAGCAACUGGGAGGGAUAAACGGUGUCGGCUUCUAUGCAAGCUAUAUCUUCACUUCUGCAGGUACACAAAUAUCUGUAAUAUUAUGCUGUCUUUUUCUAACAGUCCUUUAUGAAUAUCUUGAUUGUAUCACAACUUCAGGAUUUUCUGGAAAACUUGGAACCAUCUUGAUUGGCAUUAUUCAGAUUCCAAUUACAUUGUUCGGGGCCAUUCUCAUGGAUAGGAGUGGAAGAAGGGUUCUUCUGAUGGUCUCCGCCUCUGGAACAUUUUUGGGAUGCUUCCUGACUGGAAUAUCCUUCUACCUAAAGGCACAAGGACUAUUCCCAGAAUGGGCUCCCUCGUUGGCUCUUUCUGGCAUACUGGUGUACAUUGGGGCAUACUCAAUCGGAAUGGGUCCUGUCCCUUGGGUUGUCAUGUCCGAGAUAUUCUCAAUUAACAUCAAAGCAAUUGGUGGAAGUUUGGUGACCCUUGUUAGCUGGUUAGGUUCCUUCACGAUUUCUUACUCGUUCAGCUUCCUCAUGGACUGGAGCUCUGCAGGGACUUUCUUCAUGUUCUCUGCUGCGAGCUUGAUCACGAUACUGUUCACGGCAAGGCUAGUACCUGAGACCAAAGGAAGAACACUAGAGGAGAUUCAAGAUUCUCUAAACUCCAGAAAAUGAACUGAUAAAGGAUGUACACUAGAGGAGAAUUUAAUGAUGGAAAGGAAAAUGAUAUACACGUUCCUCUACCCGCCUCAACUGCGGCCUUCAUUGCAGUUCUUCUGCCCAUUGCAGAAGAUUAAAAGAAGAAAUUUUCACCUUCUCCCCGUUCUCUUCACAUUCCUUCUCGAUUGCUUCUCCCUGUAGUUUGUGGUGUACCAUGUAGGUUAAGGACGACGCAGACUGAGAUUAUGUACCAUGUUUCUCCAGAUUAUUGAGCAGUAAAUAAAGCGCCAUUAUAUUCUUCA